UCUUCCCCUCUCGACCUUCUCCUCUCUCGCCGCGCCGCCCACCGCCGCCGCCGUGCGCCGCGUGCCUCCGGCCCCGUGCGAUCCGAGAUCACGUCUCCACAAUAGGAAGGAAUCCAACGCCGGUGCCACCGCGAGGCCGCGGCGGGUGGCGGGGCUCCGAUGGCGCAGGCCUCGGCCGCGGCGCGCCUCCUCAGGCAGCGGCCCUGCGACCCUACCGCGGCGGGGAUGCUCUCCUCGCGCGUGAUAAACCGCUUCCUCUCCUCCACCUCCGCUUCGCCCACGUGGGCGCCGCGCCGGCCGAAGCAGCCCGCCGCUUCCGCCGCCAGCACUGCCUGCAGCAGCAGCAGCCGUACCAUCAUCAGGAGCCUAUGCGCUUGGUUCGGCUCCCACCCGAGGCGGCAGCUGAAUGCGGCGAGUGCGGCCACGACGAGAGCGCUGCACCACGCUUUGAGCACCGACAGCUCCGCGGCCACCGUCUCAAUGGAGGCCACUACUCCCGCCUCGCAGUCUCAGCUCUUGGGUUUCAUCAAAUCCACGUUUGGGGCACUCGAAGGGCAAAACCAUUGCUGGUUGAAUUCUGCGAAUGGCAUUUGGAGGACAUUUGAUCAGGAAGGAAUAUACCUUGUUCUUUUGUACCAAUCAUGUGGGACUUUAGACAGCCAAAACAAACGUUCAGCCGCUUUUGAAAGAUUGAAAUUUCUUCAACAGAGGUACCCGCACCUGAAUGUUUUUGCUCUGCAAUUUGGGAGUGCUGCUAGUUCCUUAGCUGCUCAAAGCCAAGCAGUUCGCACAAUAAUGAAGGAAUACAUUACGUUUCCUAUCUUGUUGUCAGACAAAGACUUUACCAAUAUGACAAAUGGUGCUUGCUACUUGCUGUUUGAAGGUUCUAAGGAUCAUAUACUCUCUGUAAAGUUGGAUGAGGAGCCUGAGCUCAUGACAAAGGGCCUGGAGGGAUGUACCGCGUUGAGUGCAGAACCUUCUGAAAAUGUUCUAGAAUCCAAAGUUUCGUGGCAGAAAGAAGAGGUUAUCAAAGAGCCAUAUGUAGGUUCUUUGAGAAACUUGUUACUUUAUCAUCCAGGAUGUGUAUCAGUUGAUGAAGAUGGGGAUCGCAUUUUUAUCUCCGACAGUAACCACCAUAGGAUCAUCAUUAGCAACAGUGAUGGGAUAAUUAUGGAUUUUAUUGGAUCCUCCCCGGGCUUUGAGGAUGGUGAAUUUGAAUAUGCCAAGUUGUUGCAACCUGCUGCAUCAUUUUACCAUGCUGCUGAAGAUUGUCUAUAUAUUGUGGAUUCAGAGAAUCAUGCAGUUAGAAAAGCAGAUUUUUCAAGAAGGUUUCUAGAGACAGUUUAUCCAGUCUUCAAUAAAAAAAGCAGUGGCAUAUGGAGUUGGAUUACUGAUAAGCUUGGUUUGACAAAGGAAGUUGCUUCAAAUAUUCAAGAUUUUGAUGCGGACUCAGUAACAUUUCCAUGGCAUUUACUUCAAAUUUCAGAGGAUGACUUGUUAGUAGCAGAUCUCAACUUUGAAACAUCAUGGAUCCUGAACAUGUCAACAGGGGAAAAACAGGAUAUUGCAAAAGGUAGAGCUGAAGCAAUGGAGUUAUGCCAGCAAACGAUAAAUGAGAGGCGUGCGCUCCUUAAGGAUAUACUCAUGAAUGGGUCAUUAGGUGAUAAAGAACAUUCUUAUCUGGAGAAGAUCUCCUGCAAUGAAAUUUUAUCGUCUAUCUCAAGAUUUCAGAAGUACGUUGUCUUCUGUGAUACAGAUGGCCAAAGGGUUCUGAAGCAUGAUUUGGAUACCAGGGACACCUCAAAUAUUCAUUUUACGAAUCUUGGGGUACUUGGGUUGCCAUAUUGGUUUGUUUGCAGUCUCGAGAGAGUAUCUACCUGGGGACAUUCAGUUGGACAAUUUCGAGAGCACACCCGUAAAGUAAAUGUGCUCCCUGGAAGAUGCAAUAUCAAGGUCUCUGUAGACAUCCCAGUUGAUACCGAGCUUGCCACGCCUUUGGUCGAGAGCUGUAUUUGGCGCCAAGUAAGGGGAUCUGGUGCUGAGAUUUCUGAAUCUGAUGGACAAGACACAAACCCUGAGAAGGUAGGUAUAGCACAGCAGUGGUACGACGAGAUAGACAACCUAGCCUUUUCUGAAGCCGCCGAAGAACCUGCUGCGCAUAAAGGCGACGACGAUAAACCCGGAGACGGGAACUACCAAGACCAGAAAACCGUGCAUUUCACCUGCGCAAUCAACGUCAGCCCCGGGACAUGCGAGCUGGUGGCCUCCGCCGCGCUGUACCUGAAGAUCGACCGGUCGAAAUCCAACCUCGAGGACCAGAAAGCGGUGAUCAAGAGGAUCCUCCAGUGCCAAGGCCGCGAGGAGCACGCCGGCGUCGAGCUCCUGACGGGGAGCAGCGGCGGGGACGACGCGAGGGGUCUGGUCCUCAUGAAGCCGGUGCAUCUCAGGCUGAGGCUGGACUGCGCCGAUCACCCUGCCGGCGCCACCAACAAGGAGACCAUCAACACUGAGUCCAGCCUCGAGAUCAUCAUCUCUUUAGACUAGCAAUCGAGCAUUAGAGGGUAGAUUUUGAUUUUGUUCCCCGGGAGAGAUCAAAAUUCCUGGGGAUUUUUUUGCCACUAGAUAGGCCGGAUUGACGAACGAGCCUUUAAUCUUGGAGGAUACCAAAUCCUUACAUUCUAUAGAAUUCUUUACAUUGGCUACAAGACAAAUGUUGGCUAAGUAAAGCAUCGUGGAAACUUUUAGCCUAAGUUUUGACCUGCGAAA